UGUCCGCCGCCGCGCCGUCGACGAACAUGCGUCCGCUCCGCACACAGACGGAAGUUCAUCUCCUGGAAUUGAGAGCGAGAGUGUGCGUUCGGGGUGGGAAAAGUGAAAAAAUAGAAUUAAAGAUGAAAAGUUUCAUCUUGACGAGUUUUCCGUCGUUUUAAAGUUGCAAUUUUUACUGGGAAAAGUUUGACUUUAAUGGUUGAAAAGUUUUCCAAAACAGAACAUAGUCGGGCUCGGAACGGGAUUAGAUGAAUUCGAGCGUGGCCGAUCGUCGGCAGUGGUUGAAAUUCGCACCGAAGGCUGGCGAAAAGUGAAUUCCUGGUGUGAUUGGGCUGGGAUUUUUCCUCCCAAAAAUUGCAAGAGUGGGCUCCAUCAUCGUCAGCGCCGUCGUUUGGUCGACAUCGCGGGGCUGGCAUUCAGCCUCCAGGAUUUUUUUCUGUGCUGUCGUCGCUGCUCGGUCCUCGCUUGCACUGUGUGGUGAUAAAAGUUAGACAUUUUAUUUGAUUGGGAUGUGAAAGUGAAUGUGAGAGUGAAAUAAUGGCAACUGCGAAAAAAGGAUAUCUGAUGCAGUCUGGUAGGAUGAUGGAAGUUCGAGCGCCUUCCUAGUGGUUGGAAAGUGAAAAUUUUCCGACAUGAAGUGAUCGGUGGAAAUGAUGAUCGUUUUUCGUGGGGAAUCGAUGGAAUAAAACAGAGGGUAGGAAUGCGUGAUACGAUGCCAAAAGUGUUGGACAGUGAUACGGAAUCGGAGAUACCAGUCAGUAUUCAGAGUAACAACAACAGCGAGCCGAAUACGGAUAAUGAGGAGAAACCGGAAACGGACGCCCUUCCGGUUGAAAGGACGUCACUCCCAGCGGUGGAAAAUGGAAACAUCAGCGAUACGGACAGCAUCUGCAGUAAUCAGAGCAGCGCUCGGACGUUACCCAACGGAAAUGCUUCGCAAACCUCCGGACCAAGUCUUCCACCAGUCAGAGCAUCAACCCCACCAUCAGCGACCGCCAACGGUAACAGUUCUUCCAGCUGUGCAUCCAACACUCCGAUCAACAGCGGCAACGCUAGCUCCGGGAGCAGUACAACUGUCAGCAACACCACUUCAAUCCUCAAUCGGACCGCGGCGGGAACACCCCUGCCCACCGCAGUAGCGACCGCAGGUGACCGGACACGAAAGUACCGCCACCAAAACUUUAGCAAGAACAUCUACAUCGGAACGAAGAAUGCGGAGAAAUGGGACACCUUGCGGAAUCUGCUGCAGUUCAAAAACGAUGUGGAAUUCGUAACAUUUCUCCUUCGGUUGGCGGAGGUGGAUGAUCGGAAGCGAAAAAAUCGAAUAGCGAACGGGCUGAAUGGCGACUCUGACUCUCUGCUGCAAGAUGUUCUACCGGGCGUCUUGGCCAGCAGUAAAAGUGACCAACCGACUGGGAAACCUAGCACUAAGAAAACCAAAAGAGUACAAUUCCAGGAAAGUGUAAAUAUAAUCAACGAUAACAAUAGCAGUAGCAGCAUGCGAACCUCUGGUGGCGGAGCUGGGAUAUUCGAUUUCCACGAAGAUGAAGACGAUAACGAAAAUGGGAUAGGAGUUGAGUUUAGACGGCGACGGCCAAGGACCCAGCAGCCGCUGCGAUCGCCUCUGCCGCCGAGUGAGGACGGCCACAGGGAUGAGGAUGCUGCGGCAGAUGGCGGUGAUGAAGACGAAGAACAGUUCAUUGUUCAAAAUAUUAUCAAAAAGAUUCCGGGAAGGGUUGGCCAAGGUGGCAAUGAAGUGCAACAGGAUUCUAUUAGCAGUACGAUGGGAUCGGUGUCGGAAGAUUCCUUACAUACCGAAACGGAAGUGUUGGACUAUCGCAUUGCUGAGAAAAUCAAAACGGAAAUGGAGGAGAAGCAAAAAAUGGAGAGGAAGUCAUUUGGGGAGGAUAUGCCAUCGACUUCAAAUUUUUCUGAGCAUUCGGAUCGUCCUUCGGAUGAUGAAGCAUUCGAUAGUAAAUUGGAUAUAAAGAAGAUCGAUAUUCGGAAGGCGCCGUUCGAUCCAAAGCUCGGAACCAGUAGAAAAAUGAAACGAGAAACCGGAUCGGUUGAUCUGCGUAUAGAAUACGAAGAGCAAGAAUAUCGGUCGUUAACCCCGGACGAACGAAAGCCUCUGCUACCACCGCCUAAGAAGCCUAGAAAAGCACCAACAACGAAAAACAAAGCCUGUACAGGAUGUGGUUUGAAACACGGGACUGAUCCAUGUCCGCUGAACACUCCGUUGGCAGUGAUAAACAAUAAAAUCGAGCUUAAUGAAUGGAUUGAACAGAACGAGGACCUAAUAAAAAAGCACAAAAUUAUACUGAAACCCGAAAACCCGGAAGAGAUGGACGAUGAGAACGAAGACAACUACGAUGAUGACGAGGAUGACGACGAAGGCGAUGAGAAUGAGGAAAAUCAGUUCGAGGAGAAACUCGAUAUCAUUCCGUCAUUUUCGGAGACCUCGCUUCCUCCGGAGUUUGAACUUCGAUUAGCUCCGUUGGCGACGACGAUCAGCACGGUUACGACACCCGGUGUAACAAAAACCGAACCACCGAUGCAGAUGGAUGCCAGCGAGUCUUCGUGCUCGUUAGCUGCGUCCCAAGCGGGUGAUCAACAGCCUCCACAACUUCCUCCACCGACGGCAACCGUUACCAAUACGAUCAACCACGGGCUGAGCGUUUACACGAAGAUCUUCAUUCCAAAAUAUACCCAGCUUGGACCGGUAAUAGGACUCGUAGCCAAAGAGACGGAAAUCCAAGACGACUGCAACAUGCGGUACAUGUACGAAACGUUCGAUGGGACAAAGUCCACCUACAUCAACAUGGAGAACAAGAAUCAGGCGAACUGGUUGCGGUAUCUGAGACCAGCUCGGCAUCGGGAUCAGAAGAACUGCGUGCUGAAGGUCCGCAACGAGCAGAUUGUGUUCGUGACGUGCGUGGAUCUGGACGUGGGUAGUGAGCUGCUGUACUGGAGCGACGAGAGCAAUUCGGCUUGGGGCAAAAAGAAAAUGGAGAAAACAAAUUGUGGUGGGUGCAACUUGAAGUUUGACCAUCCCCUGUACUACCGUACGCAUUGUUCGGUGUUCCAUGAUCCGGCAUUCAGUUUGACCAUUCGGAAGUACCAUUGUAAGGUAUGCGGUAUUGCAGUGCUGGGAAAGGAGAACAUAAUGAAACAUGCGGAGAAGAUGCACGACGGGAAAGGAGCCUACCAGUGUCAGUUUUGUUCGAAGUUCUUCCUGCGUCUGAACUACCUGGAAAUGCAUCGGACCUACGGCUGCAGUAUGAAUCCUCAGCGAGCGCGCCCUCUGUGCGACUUUUGUGGCCGAAAGUUCUGUCAACCUCAGAAACUGAAAGUGCACAUUAAACGCAUGCACAGCGACAUGGCCGAGGUACUGCGGGACUUCCAGUGCAAGCUGUGCUCGAAGCUGCUUGGUUCCCGGGCGGCCCUGCAACGCCACUCCAAGGAGGUACACAGUCGCAACUCUGCCGUGGUAAGCUGCCCGCGGUGCCAGAAACUGUUCCAGAACCGGAGCAACCUGAAGAUCCAUAUGUUGACCCACUCCGGAGUGAGACCAUUCAAGUGUGCCGAGGGCGAAUGUGCAGCGGCGUUUACAACGAAGCAGUGUCUUCAGUUCCACUACAAGAAGGUGCACGGAUACACGCAGGAGCAGAUGCCGAAGAUCGAGCGCAGUGUGGCGUACACAUUUGAUGCCUAUUCGGGUGGUAUGAAUGAUGGAUUGGUUGAUCUUCUUACAGAUGGUCUUCAGCGCAGGCAGCGCAGGAAGUUGGAGUCGGGCGAAGAAGGAAGCAGCGAGAAGCGGAAACGGGUACCGAAGGAUCUGCCAGGCAACAUUCUCAAAACGAAGAACAUCUUGGAAUCGUUCAGCGAGAUUUGCAAAAACGACAGCAAUUUGUCACUGUUGUCAACGAAAAUAUCGUCGAUUCUAAGUGGAAAUCUGAAGGAUUUCGCGAAGGUGCCGGGAGGAUUACCUGGACUGGACGGCGAUGGAGUUCGAAAGGAAGAACUGGAUGACGACUUGGAUUCGAACGACUGUGCCGAACGUGAUGAGCGUUUGGAAGCGAUUCAGCGGCACCUGAAUCAACCUCUGUCGGAUGAGAAGCAUGAAGAGUUCAGUCAACUGCAUUCGCGUUUGUCGAACAUAUCAGCCCAGAACGAACAGAACGCUAUGCAUUACAAGCUGCCCAGCAGCGAAGACGAGAAGCCGUUGACUGACGGUGAUGGGUUUGGGGAUUUGAACUCGCUAACGAGUAAUCAAAAGUAUAAAGAAUUUAUGAACGGUGGAAAUCCGGGACUGGUUAUUAGUAAGGGUAGCAAAAAGUGGAUAAGUGAUAAUGGUCAUUUGCAAGACGAUAACAAUUCCGAGAAUAUGUUGGCGGCUGCAGCCAAUAGAGACUUCCUGACGAAGUUGAUCAUGAACGGUGGGAAUGUGGGACAUAACUCUUCGCAGGCUCAUGUAGCAGACGAUGACGAAGAUGACGAUGAUAACUCUACUAUUUUGGAUGUUGUUGAUUCAAACAACCAAAAUCAACAGAACUCUAAUGUACAAAAUCAGCAACAGUCUCAACAGCAACAGCAGCAACAACAACAGCAACAGUAUACGUCAAGUUUUGCUGGACUGAACAACUCUUUGCCGGAUCUACCAGCAUUCCAAAAUCACACCUUCCCAACGCAUUUCAAUCAUCAAUCGUUAUUGGGAAGUUUCUAUAACAACAACAACGGGGUAACGGGUCGAAACGCCAUCAAUACGAUACCAACAUCAGCCAGCAUGCUGGUAGAAGCCGCCUUGAACUCGGUGAGUAACAUCAUCAAUGAAGCGGAGAUGAACAACAGUAGCAACGAGAACCAAAAUAUGCAUAUGGGAAACAUGGACGAUGGCAACACUGCCUCAGCCGAGAAUAAUAUGCAAACGGAUUCCUUCAACACGGAAGGAAUGAACUCUUCAGUUGACGAAAUGAAGAUGCUGAAACCGCACGGCUUCCCUCUUCCGAUGAACUCCAUAUCACAGUUCUCAACGCAGUCUCCUGAUGAUGCUAGUAUUAUUCAAGAGCGCAACGAACUGGAGGUUCGGCCUAAGUCACGAGACAAGCUGACAAACUACGGUGAUGGUGAAAUGCUUGGUUAUGAUGAUCAGUCUCAUCAACAGCAGCAACAAUCGCAGUCAACGCUUCACAAACAUACUCCAAGCGUAGAUUCGGUACGUAGUGCAUUGUCUCCUGAUCAGAAUGACUUCAACUAUUCGAACUCAAAUGGAGCUCAAAGGCAACAACAGCAGCAGCAAGCACAGCAAGCAGCUACCAACUCUCCAGCACGAUCAGUUUCACGACAAAUCUACGGAGAGCAUGACUUGAUCUCACCAGCAUCAACUCCAUCGUUACCAAGGUACGAUUUCGGCGCAGAUAACAAUAGCUACGCCCGCCGACAGGAGAAGACCAUCAGUUCUUUAGCAUUGGAGAACUUUGAAGCAAACCUGAAAAGCCAGCAUCAUAUGCAGCACUUGUCCAGUGAUGAAGACAGUAGUAUUGUAAUUGCUGAAAAUCUGUCCGUUACUGCGAGUAAUACUGAACCGAAACUGAAGAUCACAAAUCCAACUUCCGGCGGAGACUUUAUCACGCCAAACACUGGAAGCGGAAGUAAUAAGUAUGAAGCGGUUCGGAACAGCUUGGGUUCGGAUCUAUCGUCGGAUCUCAGACUGAAGUACAACUCUGAGGCCAAUGUGGAUCUUCCAGAUUUCCGCUCUAGCAACAGCAUGAAUGAGUCCUCGGACUUCCAAGGCUUGGAUAUGACUUCCAGAGCAGGUCUUUCGUCGAGUUAUUCGCACAGUAAUUUCCAGGUACCUUCGAGUGGUGGAAACUUGAACUUCAACCGGUAUCAUCAUCACAUCUACGACAUUCUCAACGAACGGGAACAGCACCAGCAGCAGCAACAACAACAGCAACACCAACAGCAACAGCAGGAAUUCCAACUGCAACAACAGCAGCAGCAACAGAUGCAGCAUAUGCUACAAGACCACAUUGGCCAGGAUGCUGAAGCGGAUCAACCUGCCUCCGUUGACCUCAGUCGCACAUCGAAUUACCUAGUUCCAUCACCUCCUUCUCCUGCUCUCCCCUACUCUCAUCCCCAUCCUGACAUGAUACGCAUGGUUUCAUUAGAUCUCAGUGCAAAUAGUGGAGGCAACAUGAUCGUAGGCAACACCCCUCAUCAUGUCCGCCAUCCAUCGUUCUUGUCUUCACAGAUUCAGCAUUCCAACCGAGAUUCUCUACCAGAUCAUCAUCGAUUGCUGGCCAGUGAACAGCUAGCCGCUACGAACCACCGGCUGUUGGUUGAUCCGGCUGCGCAUCUAAUUUUCGAACAGAACAAUCGUCUUCUCGCGGAAACUCCAGGGCCAGCACCUCCUCCUCCGAGACACGUCGUCUCUCCUCAGCGCGGAUUUGGAGCCUAUCAUCAUCACCACCAUCACCAGGUUGGAUCAUCGAACUACCACCACCAUUCGGUCAAGCAGAACCUAACCUCUCCUCCCCUGAACCAGCAUGCAUCCGCAGCUGCUAACUACCAUCCCUUCCCUACUUAUUACUAAGUCCACUUUCACGACAAAUCUAAACCACAAGAUAACACCGUGAAUCAGGCUGAUCAAGCUAACGAAUAUUAUCUGAGAAAAGUACCCACCAAAAACCUGAACUAAAACUCUGUAGAAAGAUAACCGAGAACGAGUUUCGGUAUACGAAAAAAUAUUGUUGAAUGUCUCUAUCGAUUAUGAAUAUUUGUAUGAAUAUCAAACUUCUGCGGCGCAUGAAGCUUAUCACUAUACAUUUCGGCAAGUGAGCUGCAUGAGCUAUGUUUUACUUGUUUUGACUGUGCAAUCAAUUGUAUUUUUGUAAUUGUAACAAUCAAUAGAAAUUCUACUUCAAUUCGUUACCGUACUUAUCUUUAUCGCAUAAAAAUCAAUCAAAAAUAAAAUUAUCGAUUUCGCGCAAAAAUGUUUUAACAUAACGAACGCAUAAUGCGAAACAUUAUAAAUGUUUUUCGUCUCUUUUUUGUUCUUCCUUAAUAGCACGAAUUGAGCAGCAAGAUGCUUUACAGCAGCUGGGAAACACUUAUCGUAGUUUGUAAUAUUUAUUAUGAAUAAAUUAAGCAGAAGGAAUGAUAUUUAAAACCUAACUUACCAAGAUAUACCAAAAUCCAUAACACACAUUCAAGUGAAUCGAGAGCAUUGUGCCAAAAAUAACAAAAAAGUUCAGCUGAAAGAGUGUUCUUUUAUUUUGUUUUUCAACCUAGUCAACCGGAAUCAUCAGUCUUGUCAGUCAGUCAGUCAGUCGUUUUAUUAGUAGCUGUAAAAUCGAUAUUUAUGAAAUAGAUUGUAACAAAAGGAAGCCAUAGUCUGUAUCUGUGUAAUGGAAACCACAAAUUACAAUGAAUAGUGUUCUAUGUGACAAUGGCACAAAUUACAAAAAAGGAAAGCAAGCUAUACCCAAUAUACACGGUAAGAGAAAAAUAAACAGAAAACCGAAAUAAUUCACAAACUCCAUAUAAACCGUUUCAACGAGGCAAUUGCUAGCUCAUAUUUUGACCAAUAGUGACACACAAAACUAUUAACCAAGCAGAGUAGAAGGUGUCGAACGAUUUAAGUUGAAUCUAGGACAUACUGACAAGUCACAUUACAUGCGACGAAGAAGACGUCUCGAUAGAACAGGAUAGGACAUAUUCAACCAGGACACUUUAUGCAACUUACCACAACUAGAGGCGAUGAUAACCCAGUAAUCUCUGAAGAAAUAAAAAAAAACUAGACUCAAGAUGGAAAAUAUGACAAAACCAAAUCUGGCAUAUGUAUAAUACGAAAAAUUAAUAAAGAAAAUGAGCAAAACUUGAA